UUGGGCCCCGCCAAUGGAAGACUAAGUUCCAGAAAUGCAGCAGAAGCCUCCAGUCACCCAUUGACCUGACGGGCCACACAGUUCGCCACCAACAGAUCCUGCCCCUGGUGUUACGUACAGCAGACGGAGCAACUACCACUCCCGUUAGGGUCAAGAACGAUGGCGCCUCGGUGUUCAUGAAACCGACCACGUCCAACGUGAUCAUCGAGGGCGGUUCUCUACCUGGUCAGUUUGUGGUCACUAACCUGCACUUUCACUGGGGUCAAAGCGACAAGGACGGUUCUGAGCAUCGAAUCGCUGGCAAGGCCUACCCUCUAGAGAUACACAUCGUGACCUUCAACCGGAAGUAUCGAAACCUGCAGGAAGCCUCUGGAGCCAGUGACGGAAUUCACGUCAUCGCAGUUCUGUACGAGGUCAGCAAGAGCAGUAAUUCAGGACUCAACAUUUGUACCAGCAAACUGGACUCUGUGGUAGAUAUUGGAUCCGAGGUGGACGGUGGAAGCGUCGAUAUCAGCAGUAUACUGCCAGGUCCGAGUGUGCCGAUUUUUCGGUACCGAGGUAGCCUGACCACGCCCCCCUGUACGGAGAACAUCAUCUGGUCAGUGUACGCCAGACCACAGGCGAUUUCCGUUGAGCAG